AAAUUAAGCCUUACAAGGGAACUAUGUAGUAGAAAAGUUGUGGGGAAUCUCAUCCCUGGACAAUCUCUAAGAAAUUCAAGGGUGGGAUAGAAAGUUGGUUGAAGUAAACCAAGAUGGUUCAAGUCCUUUUUCUCUAACUCUGGACUCCAGUAGUUUCAUUCAGUAUCAUUGUUUUUACUUCAAAUUUCAGGAAAUUUUGGGAAUCGUUAGCUAAUGUCACAGGAAAAAAUAUAAAUGAGAUCAACUUCUCUUAUUUGCACUAACCAGGACUCUCAGGCAUAAUCAGAUUAUCUCUGUAAGGUUCUUAUCCUAAAACUAUUUUUGGAAACUAGGGAUUUUCCAGAUUACUGAAAACUGUGGCACUGUCACUGUUUCGCAAGCCAAGCAGUGAGAGCAAUCAUCCUCCCACUCAUUAAACCUUGCCUUUUGAUAGAAAACGCUCAUCCACAAGAUUUUUGGGGGAACCGAUGUGGUUCACAUUCCUGUUCCUUAAAAAUACAGCGUAGCAGUCCUUUCCAGAUUCUGUGCGGGUCACUUUAAGUUCGUCCUCCACACAGGACAGCAGGGUGUACUGCUUACACCCGUCAAAGGGGGCGUCAAAGGGGGCGGAGGUCGGCCCUUGGAUUCCCUAUGCACACACUGAAGCUGCGCCUCGCAAAUUCGGAAAGUUAGGAGAGGGCAAGAGAAGGGAGCAAAAGGUCACACAUUCUACACAAAUUAACAAAAUCCCGCAGGGGUUAUAGCAAAUUUUGCCAACUCCAACUUCGGGAGAAGUUAUCUUGUAAAACUCUUUUAUUAUCCUUGUGGCUAAAAAUAUUACAAACUAAGCGGCUUGGAUCUAUUUUAGCUAUAAAGAACUUAGGGCCUCCUUGACCACUCUGGAGCCCCAGCAGGUCACCAGGUCACCAGAGGGUCCCACAUAGCAGCCACAGCUCUCAAUACAGUACGGGAGGAGGUACGGUGGGCGGUGGCAAGGCUCCUUGGGACUAGUUGGCGCGGGCCGGGACGGCGUGGUGACGUCAGAGCGGAAGCGCACGCUGCGUGAAGCGGCCCAGAACGCGGCGGUCACGGGAAUAUCCGUCGCGCCGAGAACCCUGGUUAGUUUCGCUCCGGGUUCCGGCUGCGUUGGGCGUGCGUGCAGCUCGCUGAAACUAUGGCGUCCGGGCCUCACCCGACAGCUACCGCUGCCGCCGCAGCCUCAUCGGCCGCCCCGAGCGCGGGCGGCUCCAGCUCCGGGACGACGACUACGACUACAACAACGUCGGGAGGAAUUCUGAUCGGAGACCGCCUCUACUCGGAAGUUUCGCUCACCAUCGACCACUCGCUGAUUCCGGAGGAGCGGCUCUCACCCACCCCGUCCAUGCAGGACGGGCUCGAUCUGCCCAGCGAGACGGACUUACGCAUCCUGGGCUGCGAGCUCAUCCAAUCCGCUGGCAUUCUCCUCCGGCUUCCGCAGGUGGCGAUGGCAACGGGGCAGGUGUUGUUUCAUCGUUUUUUCUACUCCAAGUCUUUCGUCAAACACAGUUUCGAGAUUGUUGCCAUGGCUUGUAUUAAUCUUGCAUCAAAAAUCGAAGAAGCACCUAGAAGAAUAAGAGAUGUGAUUAAUGUAUUUCACCACCUACGCCAGUUAAGAGGAAAAAGGACUCCAAGCCCCCUGAUCCUUGAUCAGAACUACAUUAACACCAAAAAUCAAGUUAUCAAGGCAGAAAGGAGGGUGCUAAAGGAGUUGGGAUUUUGUGUUCAUGUCAAGCAUCCCCAUAAGAUCAUUGUUAUGUAUUUACAAGUCUUAGAAUGUGAACGUAAUCAAACCCUGGUUCAAACUGCCUGGAAUUAUAUGAAUGACAGUCUUCGAACCAAUGUAUUUGUUCGAUUUCAACCAGAGACCAUAGCAUGUGCUUGUAUCUACCUUGCAGCUAGAGCUCUUCAGAUUCCAUUGCCAACUCGUCCCCACUGGUUCCUUCUUUUUGGCACUACAGAAGAGGAAAUCCAGGAUAUCUGCAUAGAAACCCUUAGGCUUUAUACCAGGAAAAAGCCAAACUAUGAAUUGCUGGAAAAAGAAGUAGAGAAAAGAAAAGUAGCCUUACAAGAAGCCAAAUUGAAAGCAAAGGGAUUGAAUCCUGAUGGAACUCCAGCCCUUUCAACCCUUGGUGGAUUUUCUCCAGCCUCUAAACCAUCAUCACCAAGAGAAGUAAAGGCUGAAGAGAAGUCACCAGUGUCCGUUAAUGUGAAGAUGGUCAAAAAAGAACCUGAGGACAGACAACAGGCUUCCAAAAGCCCUUAUAAUGGUUACAAUAAUAGGCGGAGUCGAUCUGGAACAUACAGCUCGAGAUCAAGAAGCAGGUCCCGCAGUCACAGUGAAAGCCCAAGAAGACAUCAUAAUCAUGGUUCUCCUCACCUUAAGGCCAAGCAUACCAGAGAUGAUUUAAAAAGUUCAAAUAGACACGGUCACAAAAGGAAAAAGUCUCGUUCUCGAUCUCAGAGCAAGUCUCGGGAUCACUCAGAUGCUGCCAAGAAACACAGGCAUGAAAGGGGACAUCAUAGGGACAGGCGUGAAAGAUCUCGCUCCUUUGAGAGGUCCCAUAAAGGCAAGCACCAUGGUGGCAGUCGCUCAGGACAUGGCAGGCACAGGCGCUGACUUCUUUCUGUUGAGCCUGCAUCGAUUCCUGGUUUUGCCUAUCUUCAGUGUGAUGUAUGGACUCAUAAUCAGAACAUUAAAGACAAACUGAUUAGGAUUUGAUUUCUUAAAACCCUCUAGGUCUCUAGAAACACUGAGGACAUUUUCUCUUGAAGUAUGUUUUUUGUUUUUGGUUUUUGUUUUGUUUUUUGUUUUUUUUGCACAUUAAAAUGCCCUAGCAGUAUCUAAUUGAAAACCAUGGUCAGGUUCAAUUGUACUUAUAGUUGUGUAUUGUUUAUUGCUAUAAGAACUGGAGUGUGAAUUCUAUAAAAAUGUAUCUUAUUUUUAUACAGAUAAAAUUGCAGACACUGUUCUAUUUAAGUGGUUAUUUGUUUAAAUGAUGGUGAAUACUUUCUUAACACUGGUUUGUCUGCAUGUGUAAAGAUUUUUACAAGGAAAUAAAAUACAAAUCUUGUUUUUCUAAA